GCUGCAGGUAGCUUAUCCUUUAUUACUGCCCAAUUAUCGCCUGAGACAUCUAGUGUACCUGCUGAUAGCAGAUGCUCCCAACAAAUGGCUGCAACUUUCCUAUAUGACAAUCACCCCUGCCAACAAGCUGAUGUUACUCCGCCAGAGCUGUACCACCGGAAGCUAUUCAAGAAUAAUCCUGGCAAGGAAUUUAUAACGGCCUCAUAUGCUAAUCAAAGUGACAGUUGUAAUGAUGAAAUUUUGGGUGAAAGUCUAUGCAUCAAUCAGGAAAUCCUCUUUCCAGCCUGGGCGAAUCAGUUUGUCCACAGUCUGGAUCAAAUUGUAUUCCUGAUUCUCUAAAUUGGAUGCCCCAUGCAUUUUCUGAUUCGAAGUUGCAUGAGAGUGGAUUAAAGUCUGGUUACUGCUCUCAAGAAGGGGUUGGUCAAUUUUCCUCGUUGAACCUUUCAGUGGCUCAGUUAUCUUCAAUGUUAUCCUCCAAUGUUUCACAAAGGGACCCUGUGGAAAUCCAGCAUGAUCCGCUUCUCAUUUAUCCCCAAAGACAAAGUAAGAUACCAAAUGUUGAGCCAGGUGAGUUGCACAGAAGGCAGGAUUUUCCAUUUUCUUCUCCAUCUGCGGUAUGUUUAGGAGUGAAUGAUCCUAUUCAGAAGGAUAGCAUUUUAUACAGUAGGGGGAAUCCUUUAGCUCAAACUGAUUUAACAGCACCUAGCUUUAUAGAGCGGCAGUGUGGGGACAAUACUGUGAAAACAGAAAUCAUGAAGAGAAUGGAAGACAAAAGUUCUCUUCAGACUAACGAGAGCAAUCUUUAUGAGAGGGAAUCACCUGCCGUUGCUAUAGAGCAUGUGAAUGAUUUGCAUAUUCUGGAUUCUUCUCCAGCAUCUAAUUCAAACAUUAAGAUUAAUCAGUUGGAGCAAUCUUAUGAUGGUAUGAUUUCUGCAUCCUCUUGCUUGACAGGAAUUUCCCAAAACAAUCUGAUUGAGAAGACCCCAUCAAAUUUUCUUGACAUGAGACACGGGACUAGUGAUGGAAGAGAUUGUGGUUUAACUGAAGGUUUGAAUGGUGGGCUGGGAUUUGAUUUUUCUUGGACCAGAAAAUCUAGCUUUAAUGCUUCAUCCCUAAAAUGUGAAGGAACCUCUUCUGGCAAAACUUCUCCAAGCGAUUGCUUGUUCGACCUGUCCAUGGACCCGGUUUCUCGUAAAAGCACAAGUUCAACCUUUUCACAAGGAUACAGAUCUCUGUAGAAAUCCGACAAACUCAAGCAAGAAUACUGUGUUUAAAAGAGUAUCUUCUCUCGAUGAACUUGUAGCUAGUUCUAGUCAAGUGGUUGAUCAGUAUAGUGGUGGAACUCUUGCUUGU